CAAAUCCCAUCUAUCUGCAGGAGCCUCGCGCCGCGCACCCAAAGCCUUUUCUCGCUCCGUCGCAUCAGUAGGCAGCGGCAACCAUGGCUGAGGAGUCGCUCUACUGCCCGGACUGCCACCGCUCCACGGAGGUUGUUCUGGACCACGCCACCGGCGACACCGUGUGCACCGAGUGCGCGCUCGUCCUCGAGGCGCACUACAUCGACGAGGGCUCCGAGUGGCGCAACUUCGCCGACGACGGCGGCGGCGAGGACCGCGACCCCAGCCGCGUCGGCGGGCCCAACGACCCCUUCCUCUCCAACGCGCCGCUCGUCACCCGCAUCGCCUACUCCGGCCCGCAGAAGGCGCAGGCCGAUGGCGGCCACGCGCUGCCGAGGAUGCGGGUCAACGUCGGCGGGGCGGACCCCGAGCAGUCGCUGGUCGAGGCGUUCCAGGCCAUCGCCGACAUGGCCGACCGCCUCGGCCUCGUCGCCACCAUCAGGGACGGCGCCAAGGACGUGUACAAGAAGCUGGACGAGGCCAAGGCAUGCCCCCGGGGGAAGAAGCGGGACGUUUUCUACGCCGCCUGCCUCUACAUCGCGUGCCGCAACGACGGCAAGCCGCGCACGUACAAGGAGCUCGCCACGGUGACGCGCGCCGGCGCCUCCGCAAAGAAGGAGAUCGGCCGGAUGACCACGCUCAUCAAGAAGGUGCUCGGGGAGGAGGCCGGGCAGCAGGUUCUGGACAUCGGCGUCGUGAGCGCCACCGACUACCUGCGCCGCUUCUGCUCCCGGCUCGGGAUGGGCAACCAGGAGAUGCGCGCCGCGCAGGAGGCGGCGCGGAGGCUGGAGGCUGGCCUCGACGUGCGGCGCAACCCCGAGUCCAUCGCAGCCGCCAUCAGCUACAUGGUCGUGCAGCGCGCCGGCGCCAGCAAGACCGCCAAGGACGUGUCCAUGGCCACCGGCGUUGCCGAGGUCACCAUCAAGGAGGCGCACAAGGACCUCGCCCCGCACGCUGAGAUGCUCUUCGCCUAACGGGCUUGUCCUAGCUCCUGGAUGCGUUUCUCGGCGAUCAUGCAUUGGCAUGUCGGCCGUCGUGUCCCGUCCCGUGUUCUUGAUUCAUGGCAUGUCUUUGACAUGUCCGUGUUCCUAGCAAACUAGGACAUGUGGAUCAAAGUUUCUGUUGGACUUCGAUUCCAAGUACUGUUCAUUCGUGAAUCCGUGCUUGAUUC